AUGGCCUCCGGCUGUCUGCUGCUUAAUUCCACGUUUGCCAUGACUCUGAAAAACUUGGUACAAGAUCUCAUUGAGCGAUUGUUGUUAUCUCAACCUUCACCUUUCGCUGCCCUGGACAGACUACUGCUUCAUAACAAUCUGGUUCAAGUAUCGGUCAGAGAGCGCGAUUUGCUCCUUCAUUGCCAUCUGCUGGAGCACUUCGUCACAAUCAGAUCAAAGAUUGAUACAUGGGCAGAGGAAAACACGGUUGAUGAGGGCGCAGCCUGGACCUGCUACAUCAACGCGGGCAUUCUCGAGUGGAAGAGAUUUGCCGACUCAACCGAGGUCGAAUUCUCUGGGUGGAAUCCCGAUGAUUUGUCGAGAGCCCUACGGAAUGACGAGUCCGGAGAGUUUUGUCCUUCAUGGGAUUGCAUGACUAAGAUCAAUCGAGUGUACACUCACGAAGACGUCCGUACUUUCAUGGAUAAGUCAAUUGACUAUGUCUUCAGCCGGGAAGAUAGCAACGACACUACGCAAGCAGUGACUCGCCUAUUCGAUAGCAAGCGAUUGUCACAUGCAGUCAUAACGCUAAAUGGCGAAUGGAACUUCACUUUUGACUUCCACUCAGCUGUACAACGCCAGCUCGACUUGGCAGAGGAAGUCAUCAAAUUUCCCUGGCAUCGGAUGUACACGUCUCCUCUGGACAAUGAAUGUGGGUUCAGGGCUGCUGUAAAACGCUAUCGGAGACUCAUGACUCUAGCGCAGUUCUGGGGGUCAAUGGAGCGACUAGAACUUGGGAUUUCAGGUUGCUCAGGCGUCACUUAUCUCGACAUCGAUCUUGUAUGGAGAACCCACAUACUUGCGCCUAAAGAGUACCGUUGGUUUUGUAUCGAGACAUUCGGAGGCCUCGUGCUCAACAUUCCAAGCCCCUCUGGCACUCACGAGCCAGAAACGGUUGUCCUCGAUGACACAUCUCAGAUUUACCAGCAUGUCUUCGGAGAAGAGUACGCCGUGUGUCUUUGCUGGCCAUGUGUUGAUGGGCGUCGAGCCGAUGACUCAGGCUUGUGGAGUUUGAAAUGGUUUACCGGAUCAGUGUCCAGGACGCCGAUAGCAGAGGAGAUCGACCGUCGUCGAAACGCAGCUGUGGACAUUCCUCUCGUGUUCGGAGGUAAACAAUGUCGCAGAUGUGGCCCUCAUCCACGGAGACAUUGUCUGAAGAAGGAUAUUGAUGAAAGUUUAGAACAGGAGCCGCUGCUCCUUGGACGUUCUAGCACUGAUCGCGUUCUAACGCCGACGGUACCAGUUGCCGCUCCCCCAAGUCCUGUUGGACGAAUGGAGCAUGCUACUGAUCCAUUCAGAGAUCUGGAAGUUUCUCCGGUCCGUUCUGAAACUCUUGGCGAAACCUCUUCACGGUCUUCACUCCCAUCAGAAAACCUCGAAACUCCAGAUCCAACCCUGUGGGACACAAACGGAAACACAAUCGUGGAGUCCCUAGACAGUAACGGGAGCAGACCUCUAACCCCUGGUCUCUCAGAUGGAUCUGCAUGUUCUGGUGACAGCAGUGACGAAGCUGUUCACAGAAACUACGCUUUCGAAAGAUGUGGGAACGUUUACCAGAUACCUCCCCUAGAGCACGCAUCCACUCUCCGUACCAACAACAGGAAUACCGAUGCGACAAGACAUCGCCCACGAGGCAGAUCGCGAAUCAAUGGGAUGACUGGUCCAGAGCCUGGGCCUGGGGUAUGGUUGGCUGGUCAAACUUGGUAG